CUUGAGUUUCCAAGUUUUGGCUAUGAAUUCGUACAUGAGACAGUCAUCUGUGUCUGCCGAUCAGAUGCACAGUUUUCUCAAGGACAAGCAAGCAUGGGAAAAUGCCAUAGCAUUGUAUCAGGGUCCAGAUCCCUUAGACCAUUGGUGGAACUAUAUUUGUUGGUACGAGAAUCAUGGUCAUGGUGAUCCUGAUAAUAAGUUUCGCGAGACACUGGAGCGGUGCCUGACACUGUACGAGCACAGUGACUACUACAAACAGGACUUGAGAAUGGUGCGCUUAUGGUUGAAGUACAUCGACAUGCAAAACAACCCACUACAUUUCUACCAAGUGCUGCAUCAGCGUGGAGUAGGUAAGCAGGCCGCUUGCUUCUAUAUAGGCUGGGCCACAUAUUAUGAGUCCAUAAAUAGUUUUAAGGAAGCCGAAGCUGUUUACAACUUAGCGUUUCAAGAAAAGGCACAACCAUAUGCAGACUUACACCACGCUCACAGCAAACUGAUGUACACCAAGUCAGUGCAUGCACAACAACUGCUUCAACAACAGCAACAUCCUGCCUACGUCCACCAAAAUCCUCCCACAAAUGCUCCGGCUCAUCAUGUUCAACAGCAAGGACAACAGCAUACAGUACAACAAUAUCGACAGCAGGUUUCCUAUCACCAGACAUCAACUGCUCCCAAUCAAACUGUAGCAUCGCAGCAGCCAGUUGCCCAUCCGCAACAGACACAGACUUCUGGACAGCAACAAACGCAUCAGGUUUAUCACCAACAGCAGGUCCACACUCACUAUACAGCGGGAGUUCAACAACAAGUCCAUGUUCAGGGGAAUCCACAGCAAGUUCAUCUUCAGGGGAAUCCACAUCAACAGCAUGUUCAGGUUCAGGGAAAUCAGCAACAACAGCAACACCCAGUUCAUGUUCAGCACCAUCAACAACAACCCCCACAUACGAUGUCAACAACUGUCCACCAAACUCAAUUACAAACUGUUAAUGCGACGCAAGUUCCGCAACAUGCCUACAACGUUCAUCCUGCAACGAACCACCAGGCAACGCAGAAUCAAAGAACUGUGCCCGUUGAACAGCAGUUACCGGCAGUCACUACGAAUAUGACCCGCCAACAGUAUGAACGGGCGUUAGAGGCUUCAACAAAGCACCAAACUGCAACAACAGCUGUAGAAGCACAAUCGACGGCUACAGUCAACACCCCUUCCAUUCAGGUCCCCGGAUUAAAAACCAAUAGGAAAUUUCCAGCAUACUGUCGUAACAACCAUGAGACGUGGCAACCUGCCCUGUUCUUGGAGGAGCCUGAUGAUCCACAAAAAAUAUGUUAUUAUACCAAAAGUACAGUGUAUCCACAAGGCCAAGGCGUAGAAUAUAGCCCGGAAGAGAUAAGGGCAAGAAGAUAUAAACAGAAAAUGUUAGAACUGAAACAAAAGCAACAGCAAUCUGUGGCCGAAGUGCAGCAAAAAAAUCAAACCCAACAACUACAAUCCAACUCCCAACAAAAUCAUGCCCAAGUUCAAGAAAUAGGUUCUCUGAAAAAAGAACCCGUGCAUCAUCAGCAGCAGCAACAACAAACAACGCAGCAUUAUUAUGUACAACAACAGCAACAAGUACAACACAGUAAUAUAUAUUACCACCAAUCACAGCAGAUACAGCAACAGCAAAACCAUCAGCAGGUUAACCAAAUUCAUCACAAGCCUCAACAGAUGGUUACUAACUAUCAACCUGGAUAUCAUCAACCACAACAACAACAGCAGCAGCAACCACAACAGUACACAAAAACUUCGGAAGAAGGAUACGAAGAAGAGGAGGAGGCAGAUGACGAUGCUGGUGCUGAUACAGAGGAUCAGGAUGACGAUAAUCCAGAUACCGAAGAGGAGGAACAGCAACAACAAUACCAACAACGGCAACAAUUCUACCAUCAGCCACAGCAAGUCCACUAUCAACAUAAUGCCGUUAAUACGCAAGAUGAUUUGGAGGAUCAAAUUGAAGCUUCUACAAUACGUUUUAGUAUGCACACUCCUAGCCAGGGAUCUCAAAAUAAAACGCUUAAAAUAAAAUUCAAAAAAGAACGACCCACUACCGGCACCGAAACUCCUAAUGGCAAUAAUAAUAGCUACAGUGCAUAUACCAUUGAGAGAAUAUAUCAUCAGCCAGAGAUUGACUCGCCAACUAUGCCUGAAAAUGCUUUGAAACGGAAUAAUGGCAAUAAUCAUAGUUUCCAUCCAUAUCUUUUGGGCCAAACAUCUACGCCAAAGACUUCCGCCAAGCGACAAAAAUCAUCGAAAUUAAAGAAAGUUUCUAACAAAUUCCAUGUUCUGGCUUGUCACAAUAGCAAUUCAUCAUCAGCAGAAAAUGGCCAUAUAAACGCCUUGAAUGCCAGCAACAACAAUAAUAGUUUAUCCAAAAUCCCUUCGGAUAACAAUAAUAAAUCUCAUCUUAAUGCUACGUUUAAUGAUAAUGCCAACUAUUCAUUCUCAAGUGCAGCUGCUCUGGAUAAUUCAAAUUGUUCUUUAUCCAAUGCUGUGGGUCGACUCAAUUUCCGUGAUGCCUCAGCAUUAAACAAUACCACACUGAAUCAAAGUAACGCUGUUGAUAUUUCCACUUAUCAAGAGAAUUCCUAUUUCUCCACCCAACAUGAUAUUGAGGCUAAAGAACGGCGUUUGGCCAAGGCCUUAGAGACUAUCGAACGACAUAUGGCCAAAGAAGCUAUAGAUCCCUUUAGCAGUGAAUUGUGUAAAGCUUUUCUUACCAAGCUUGAUUUUCCGGGAACGGAAAGUGAGGCCCAUGAAAACUAUAAGAUUAUACAAACACCCUUACCCAAAAUUGCCAACACGCGACAGUUGACAUUAGGCGAUGGCAUUCAAUUUAAUAUCGACAAAGAGAUUGGUCGUGGUUCCUAUGGUUCGGUGUAUAAAGCCACAGACGCUGUUACUGGUGCUGUUGUAGCACUGAAAUUUCAAAAACCUGCAAAUACCUGGGAGAUAUAUAUAUGCGAUCAGGUACUAAAGCGUAUAAAGUCGCCUAAUAUUUUACCCGGUCUAAUGGAUAUAUCAACUGCCAUAAUUGCGCCGAAUGCCAGCAUUAUUGCUACCGAAUUUUCACCAUUCGGCUCUUUGUUGGACAUCAACAAUAAAAUUCGACAGGCCACAACCAAAGUAAUGCAUGAAUCACUGGUCAUGCAUUUCUCCGCGCAAAUAUGUAACAUAAUCAGCCACCUGCAUCAGAAUAAAAUAAUUCAUGCCGAUAUCAAGCCAGAUAAUUUCCUAUUGAUGCGUGUGCCUAGUACCGAUCUUCAUUUUCCUUCACUACGUCUAAUUGAUUUUGGCUGUGCCAUCGAUAUGACGCUAUUUCCCGACGGCGACAAGACAAAGUUCCGGAAAGUCAUACAAACGGACGGCUUUACCUGUAUAGAGAUGCAAGAGGGGCGCUCGUGGUCCUACGAAACGGAUCUAUUUUGCAUUGCGGGAACAGUGCAUGUUAUGCUAUUUGGCGAAUAUAUGCAAUUACAAAAGCGAGGUGAUACCUGGGAUAUUAAACAGAAACUGCCACGUUAUCUAAAGAAACACGUCUGGACGCAAUUCUUUGGUGAUAUUUUAAAUAUAAAAUCGAAUAAGUUGCCCAACUUGAGUGAGAUGCGCAAUAUUUUUGAGGAAGAAGCAGCCAGAAUGGAUUCUGAAUUGCAAAAACAAAUGCGUACACUGUCCAAUAUUUUGCAUAGACGUUAAUUUUUUCGUUAUUUU